AUGCCACUCUCAGGAACUCCAGCCCCCAACAAGAAGAGGAAGUCCAGCAAGCUGAUCAUGGAACUCACUGGAGGUGGUCAGGAGAGUUCAGGCCUGAAUCUGGGAAAGAAGAUCAGUGUCCCACGAGAUGUGAUGCUGGAGGAACUGUCGUUGCUUACAAACCGGGGCUCCAAGAUGUUCAAGUUGCGGCAGAUGCGGGUGGAGAAAUUCAUCUAUGAGAAUAACCCUAACGUCUUCUCAGACAAUUCGUUGGAUCAUUUCCAGAAGUUCCUCCCCACAGUGGGGGGCCAGCUGGGCACUGCUGUGCAGGGAAUGGCUUACAGCAAGGGCGAAGGGGCCCAGGCAGGGACAUAUGGCUCUGCUGGACAUAUUGGCGCUGACCAAAUGCACCACCAGGGCUUUGGAUCUGGAUCUGGACCUGGAGGUGCAGGUGGUCCCGGGGGUCAGGCUGGAAGAGGAGGAGCUGCUGGCACAGCAGGGGCUGGAGAAAUGGGGGCAGGAGACCCGUCAGGUGGAGAAGGAAAACAUGUCACUAUCUUCAAGACCUACAUUUCCCCCUGGGAGCGAGCCAUGGGAAUCGACUCUCAGCAGAAAGUGGAGCUUGGUGUGGACCUGUUGGCCUAUGGAGGCAAAGCUGAACUCCCCCAAUAUAAGUCCUUCAACAGGACGGCCAUGCCUUAUGGUGGAUAUGAGAAGGCCUCCAAACGCAUGACCUUCCAGAUGCCCAAGUUUGAUCUGGGGCCCCUGCUGAGUGAACCCCUGGUCCUCUACAACCAGAACCUCUCCAACAGGCCUUCUUUCAAUCGAACCCCAAUUCCCUGGCUGAGCUCUGGAGAGCAAGUAGACUACAACGUGAACCUCGGCAUUCCCUUGGAUGGGGAAACAGAGGAGUUGUGA